AUGUACAAAGUCAAGGAACGUUCCCUCGUUUCCAUUCUGGAAAUUGGAAUCUACGCUAAGACGAUGACAGUCGAAUGGAAGGAAAUUAAGGAAUAUCAAGCGACAUUUAACAGAUACGAUGUCGGUCACGAUGGGUAUUUGGAUUUGGCUGAGCUGAAGAUAAUGAUGGAGAAAUUGGGUGCCCCACAGACUCAUCUGUCCCUCAAGAAGAUGAUCUCUGAGGUGGAUGAGGAUAAAGAUGGCAAAAUAUCUUUCCGUGAGUUCCUCCUCAUUUACAGAAAGGCCAAGGCCGGAGAAUUGACAUCGGAAUCUGGCUUGGAGCAAUUGGCACGUUUGACAGAGAUUAACGUAGAUGAAGUUGGAGUCAAUGGGGCAAAGAACUUCUUCGAGGCGAAAAUUGAGGAGCAACUCAGGACAAAUAAAUUUCACGAUGAAAUAAGGCAAGAACAGGAAGAAAAGAAACGUGCUGAACAGGAGAAAAUUCUCAGACGAGCACAAUUUCAGCAAAAAGCAGCAAUUUUUAAUAAUUGAGUUUUUUAGCCGUUUGUUGUUGUGUAUUUUACCAUGAGAAUUGCGAUGCCAUUGAGUUUUGUUUUAGAUAGAUAUUUCUGUGAAAUUUUUCAUUAUCACCAAGACGGAAAAAAUGCUCAGUUACCAAAAAAAAAUUUAAACAAAUGUUUUGUCCACUCAAUUGAACAUUUUAACUGAUAAGACAUUUCGACUGCAAAUUUUUCUUUCCGACUUCUCUCUAUUAAGAUCCCAAGUGCGUAUAUUUUUCCCAAUGUAAUUUUUAACACUAGAUUGUAAAUACUUCAUGUGUCAGCUUUUAGAAUUCUGUGUACUCUUGAUGUACAGUUUUAUGUGUAAAUAAUAAAAAAAGAAAACAGCAAUAUUUUGAGAAUCAAA